UGUUGUGAGUGUGAGUCUAUGAGAAUUCGGUGUUUGUUCCUUGGAUGUGAGAGUGGGGAUGAGAUGGUGUGUGUGUUUUGUUGUUAUUGAAGAUGUAAGUCGUACGGAUAAACUACAGCGAUGUGCGUAAUCAAAUAUCACAGAAACGAUGUAUUUCAUCGGUAAAGAUUUUACUGCACUGAGAAUAUAUAAUAUUGGUGUCGACAGACCGGGAAUAAGUGUUGUAGUAAUCCCAAGUGGGCUGCGGCACUUUUGAGAACGCUCAAAUUGGUUGCGGCCUUUUCAAAUGGCACUCAACUUUUAAGCAACUACUUUACCAACAACGCAAGGCUGUGUUGCUGAUUUUGUAGUAUGGAGCUGCAGAAACUGUGCAUAAUUGUGAUAGCUAUGAAAAUAGUAUGAGACAUAAUACCAUCACGUCAUGCACAGAGAAUCCAGAGGAGCCCUCCAUUCUCACAACAGUAAACAUCAAGAUGAAGAAAUACUAUCAGUUAGUUUUGGUGAUUGUGUCUGUGGUAAGUUUUAUAACACUUCUCUUCUACCGCCACGAGUACAACAGGCUGCGUUAUGUUAUGGAAGUGCUGAGCUUUUUUGGAAAACCAGGACAAGUGGCUGAGUGCCUUCCUCCAAACAUCUCUCAAAAUUUAAAGAAAUCUGUCAGUUUCAUUGAUCCACUGCCAUCUUGGCAACGACUGACUGACACACAUUUUGUUUAUUCAGCCUUCUGGGAAAAGAAUGAUAUCCACAGUCAUGUGAAAGUUUUCUCUGUUGAAGCAGGGAAAACUAUUCCACAGUACAGCUGUGAAGUUUGGUUUGAAGACAAUAAUACCCCAGUAACUGGAAGAUUCAGUUACACAAUAAUUCAGUCAAAAGAGAGUGCACUUACCCAUGAACAAACUGUGAUUGCAGAUAAUGUUAUAGCUUAUAACUUGUACUGCAAACCAAAGCAAAUUCCUGGUAUUCCAUUUGGGGUUACAUUUUUCAAGACUGAUAAUUUGUUGCCGUCCCAUGUUUUCAUUCCUGUUGGUUAUCCUGUUGACAGACCAAUAUUAGAAAACAGCACAGCAGUUUGCAUUGUACCCGGAUUUAAACCAGUACUGCAAAAAUCUGCAAUCAUUGAAUUUCUUAGCUACCAUCAUCUUAUUGGAGUAAAUGAAUUUAUAGUAUAUGACAAAGGCUUACCAAACCGAAUUGCUCAAGUGCUGCUGGAUCCAGCAAUUAAAGAAAAUUUUGGUAUUGCAUUGUCUUUGCUUCCCUGGAAUUUCCCAUUUCCACAUUUGGAAGCAGAACCAGUUAUGAGACUUGUUGUCGAGAGGGACUGCAUACAAAGAACUGCUGGAAAAGUUCGGAAUGUGGCUGUUUUAGGUUGGGGUGAGUAUGUAGUGCCUAGGUAUCACCACACUCUUGCAGGUAUGUUAGAUGAUUUUGACACAAAGAAAAAAACAACCACCAGUUUUGAAAUACCAACAAUAGUUUUUUGUACUGAUCUCUUAGAACAUGACACAGAUGAAUCUUUACCAUUGGUUCUUCGAAAGACAAGGUAUUACAAAGGAGACGACAUGGAUCCCCCUCUGCAUCUGUAUCGUCCUCAGACGGCAGUGUCCAGGUUUACUGUACCCAGUACACAACGUGUUUCACAAGGAAUAGCUGCUGUACAUCGCUACAUAGAAUGCAUGCUUGGUACUGGUGAACAGCCAGUUGAAACUCUUCCGUAUGAGAGAGCUAUUCUUAGAUUUGCAGGAGAUUUGAAACGAUCUAAAUUGUUAAGAGCCUGGUCUUCAGGUAGACUGUUCUAAUUUUUAAUUUUAUUUGUAUGUGCUCAUUCACAUGACUGACAGGGAUGGUGUUCACAUUCCAGCUGGGCUUUAGAAGCAUGCCUUCAGGUAAUGUGCUUCCAAUAAAGACUUAUGAUUUUAUUAAUUGGGAAAAUAAUGCACUUGAUUUGGUAAGAGAUAUAAAACUAUAUCUUACACUAUAACUUAUUCUGCUGUUGGAGUAAUUUUAAACAGUAGCAGGCCCAGAGAUAGAAUCGCAGAUAGCUGUGUUUUGUGACCCUUAAUUUUGUGCAGUGAUGCUUUUGUAUUGUUUUACUGUAAUAAAAUUAUGAUUGUUAAUUGGAAAGUGUGUUGUACAUAGAACUUUGGAAAUGUAUAUUUUGAAUAUGUGUAAUAGAGGGCUAUUUGACCAGCCCCUCAGCUAGCUUGAAUCAUGUAGUUUUCUAACUUCCCUUUAUUGUAGACUUUUUUUAUACCUUUUUAUCUAGUCGAAGUAAUUCUGAAAUUUUUGAUCUCUCUGAGCUUCUCUGAUAAAUCAGGUUGUGUAGUAGUACAGUAUUGUAGCUGACAAAUAAGAUGUUACAGUUGUUCAUAUAAAAUUUCCCAUAAAUUGUUAAAAUACCAAGUAUGACAUACAGAGCCUGAGUUGCAGUAUGGUGGCAUAGUUUUAUUUGUCAAUGAUCUGUUAUGGCAUAAUCACAUUUAACAAUAUUAAAGCAUAUUGGUUAGUAACGUAAACAUAUUUGCACAAUUGAGACUACUUGUAGCACACAGCUAUGUAAGAUUUAUAUGCUGUCACUGCAGCAGCUUAAACUGAGCAUUCAUUAUGUAUGUACAUUUGUAUAAAAUACUGUACAAUAAAUAUUUGUGAAGAGAUGUUUGAUUCUUAUAAUCUACAAGGCCUGGAUAGCUGCCAAAAAAAGGAAAGAAGGUUCCUGUGGUUCCUGGCUUGUGCAUUUUAAAAAGAUGCAUGUGAAGUAAAGAAAAGAUGUAUUUUUGUUUUCUUUUAGUUGCUGCAACACGGCUGAAGGUUACAGAUUUCUAACUUUGUGCUUUACUGUGAGUAAAUGGUGAUACCUUCACAGUGAUUAGAACAGUGGGACAGUGAUUGGGUCCAAUUACUCAAGGAUGAACUAAGUGAUCAUAGGGGCUUCCAGUUAGUUUUGUAUUAGCAACUAUUUUACUGAUAUAUGUAUAUAUAAAACUGCUGAGUUAUUACAGGUUUGGUGGGCAUUUUGUGCACAGUAGUGACAAAUAGUUUGAUGAGCUUGUAUGUGGAGAACACAGGCUUAGAUUGUCAUCUCUGCAAAUGAAAUGGUUGCAAAUUUUAUGUAAAUAGUUAAUAACAGUGCCAUGAAUUCUUUUUUUGUGGUGUUAGGAAUUUUCCUGGUUUCUGAGCUCCUUAAUUUUGCAGAGUAUAUGGAGUCAUUAACAUUUGUUAAACAUUGUGGCCUCUGUAUGUGAACGUCAGCAAUUGUACUUGACAGACGAUCUUCCUCUGCUAUGCUGUCCUUCACUUUCUGUAGUAUUAUACCUCAUUUUAAGACACAUUCAUAGUAAUAUCCCUCCCGUUUUAAGGUAACAACAUCCAGAUGAUCUGUUCACAGAAUGACAAGUUUCAUUUUUCUUUCACUUCUUUUUCAUCUUGUGUUUGUUGGAGAAAAUGUCAGUCCCCGUGAUUUUUUUCUACUCAUUUCUCAUACACAGCUAAAACGAUUAUAUUCACAAGUUGCACUGCCUCCUGUUUUGCUAUUGCCUUACUAACGCUGCCCAUAUGUUUCCACUCAGCUUGCAGUGCAGAACGAACCUGUCACAUGUGCAAGCACUGUGCUUUACACAAAGGCACAUUUUCACAUGGUUUGAGAUAUGUAUUAGCCAGUUGUUCACAAAUCAAAAUGUGGACAGUGAUAUUUCAUAUAAUUUCAAACAAAAUUUCAUUUAACGAGAAUGCAUUUCUCGUAUUAUAUGCUGUAUUAUUUCGACAAAGGCUGCAGUAGGUGUAUUAAGAGAGAAAUUAUUGCGUCCGUCUAUCAUUAGGAGGAAUUUGUAUGUUUUCUGUUGUUUGAACAGAUAAGAUUCUGCGAGCUAUUUGUUGACAAGCAUAACAUUUUCUGUUAAUCGCCUAGCGUGCGCGUAUACGGUCUGCCUGAUACCUGCCUUGCUUACAGUAAGUUCUUCCAACCAGCGUAUCUUCUCAUUUACAUGUAACACUCGAUGAUACCUUUGUCUGUAAUACCAUAGAAAACUGUGAAGUUAAGAUAUUAUUUCAUUUUAAUAGUUAAUUGGACCUAAUCAGGCAUUUGCUGAAAAUCCUUCCCAACAUGUUCAUCAUCUGGAUAGGUAAUGUACAAGGAAUACUUCUCCAAAAUAAAUGCUACGAAUUAUUUAAACCCCGGCAUUCUAAAACAACUAAUAUUUAAAGAAGUUAAUGUCCAAAAUAUGUGGUACUUGAUCGUGUAUAUAUUUCAUCUAGUUCCAUUAAAUUUGAUCUGUUUUUGUUUUUUUAGUCAAUACUCUUAUUUUUAAGAGAAGCUUAUAAGUUUAUACUGUCAAAACCUUGUGGUUGACACACAACUUUAGUUAGCCUCAUAUGAAAGAUCUCCUUCGGGCCUCAUAAUGCUGGUGGGGAAAAAAAUCACAUGUAGAAAAAAUCUUUAUGUAAAUCAGAAACCAGUAACUGCUACCACAAAUAAUAUUCUCUGAGAAGAUACCUUCAUUCUAUUUGGUUGCAGGCUCCUUGACAGUCUUUCCUGGGCCAACUGGUCCUCCUGUCUCUACUCAGCUACGUUCUAGAUAAGAGAUCCCAUCUCUAUGUUCCAAAUCUUCUCCAUGUUCAAAUUUCCCACAAGUAAACCUCAUUUUGAUGGGUUAGAGAUGCUGCCAAUGAAACUUCAUGCAGGGUUUGUUGCCACACACUCACACUACAUCAAGACCUCAUAGUUAUCUCUAUGGAGCUUUUGAAGUUUUAAUCUGUUCAGUUUCUUGACUUCAUGAGCAUCAGAAUCCAUUAGGACACUCAUUGCCCUAAGUUGUCCCAUAUUCAGAGUAUCUACCUGGCAGGAUGCUCAGACACUGGGUUAUUUGCCAAAAGCCAGUAUUUAAGAUGCUGACAAGCUAUUUUAAUAAUGUCAUUUUUAUUUGUUGCACGGUUUGAAAGUUCAUUCAUGUAUAUCAUAGGUAAAAGGACAAAAACUUUCUUGAUGUUCUGCAAAAAUUAUUUAUUUAAUUAUGAACCACAGCAUAUUAUAGAAUGUUUAUUCACUAUAUCAAAAGGAAAUUUCUCUUGAGAAUAACCACAAUCCUCCAUUUUGUCUCGUUUUUACAAUUUUCCAUUUUCAUGUAAUAUAGCAGGUGCCCUAUUCAUAAGGGGCCCCAGGAAAAGUGUUAUAAAAUCUUAAUAGAAAAAGGAAAAAAACCAAGAAAUGAAGGUACAUUACAAGAGGUGCUAAAAGUUAUGCCCCCCCCCCCCCCCACACACACACACAGAUACUGCUGUGUCAACAAAUUAGGUGCGAAAAUCCUCUGUGAAAUCCAACAAUAUUCUGGCAGCAACAGUCACAAACAUUCAACUGGAAGUGUGUACACAUGUGCAUGUAGGUCACUUCCAGGACCUCUUGUAAUGUACCUUCUCUUCUCAUUUAUAAAGAUAUGUUGUGUGCAAGUUUGGUUACAUACACUCUUUUAUCAAGUUUUUUUUUUUAACACUUUCCCUAUUGCCCCUUAAGAGCGGGACCCCUGUAUAUGCACAAAUAUUUUGUAUUUUCAGAAUGAUCAAUUCAUGUUCAAAUUUUGUACACUGAAAAGCUACAUGGCUACCCAUUCUUAAAAGAGCAGAGAAUGUGGGAAAUAUUGCAGAGCUAGGAAAAGCUGCCAUUUUAAGGAUGCCAUUGUGGUGCUCACACUUCCUUUCUGUAACCAUUAUGAUUAAAAUGUAGAACUGUUCAUAAAUAUGUACCUCUGAUUCCGCCAUAUGUGGUUAGUGAUGACUGUGUUUAUCUCAUUUUCAUGGUUGUAACUGUUGCAUUGUUUUCUCACUCUUGAAAGCAAAAAUAGUUCAGAGUUUACCAUAUAUACUCUUUACCGUACGGAACAGGUUGGCUCUUUGGAAAAUCAUGAAAUACAGUAGUUGAGAGGUAAUGGGCCAUAUUUUCUGCUGAGAUGGGUGAGAGUGGCAUCUGACAGUGUUAGGAUCAUGUACAAAAAAGGAAUUGCACAAUAAGUGUUGUUUUUCAGCAGCACUGUAAGACAAGUGAGGAACAUGCACUGACAAAUGCCAAUUUUGGUGAAUGGCUGAAACAAUAAAAAUAUGUUUGGAAAGUAGUAAAGUUGUUGUUCAUUAAAGUCUGAAAUGUUCAGAUAAUUUGACACUGUGAAGGGCCAGUCUCUAUGUAUCUGUAUUUUUCAGGAUUUCAGAGAAUAAAUAUAGCUGCAGUUUAUUUGUGCUACUAUUCUGUACAAUACGUGAUCUUGAGGAGCAAAAGUGUACGUUGAGUAUUGGUGACAGUGAAGAAGUCAUCUUUGAGGGGAAGAGGAAAGGGAGAUGUGCAGAAUUGAAUGGAAGAACUAUAACUUAUUAAUUGUGAGUUUAUUAUGUAUGGGGAGUAGAAAGGGUAUGUAGAAGCAAGGCAAAUAACACUGCUACACGUGUUGGGAAGAACUGCACCUUGCCAGCAUAGCAGCUGUGUGGCCUUGUUAUUGAAAGGAAAGAAUGCGAUAAUAUUGAAAUUGAGUCGAUCUCCCUUUAUACUCAGAGUUGUCACUAUCAGCCGUCUAUGUUCACUGUGAAUUUUGGAUUUUUGGGUAUUAAGUAAAUAGAACUGCUCAUAAGUGCCUACGUAGUUGCUGAUGGAAAUCUUUUCAUAUUGAUCUACAGUGGGACUAUUGUUUUAGUUUGGUGAAGAUUAAGUAACAAAUUUAGUGUAACAUAGUGUCAAAUAUUAACAUUCUUUUGCUGUGGGAUGGUACUAAUGUUACAAAUGUACUGAAGCUGUCAUCGUAAAUAUCAUUUUAAUGAAGGAAAACUAUAAUUAUAGCCAAUAAGAAAUGUACUAGCAGAAAACGGCUCCCGUCCCAGUUCAGAGACCUUCUAGAUGUUGGGCAACCAUAAUCAUAUGAAUGCCUUAUUUUCUAUAAAUAUAAUAUUACUGACAGAGAAUUUUUGGACAAUCAACAUGUUUACUGUGUAGAAUUUGGCUAACCAGGCCUUGGAUCACUACUGCACGGCUCUAUGCACAUUUGUAGCUGAAAUGAGUAGUAUAAAGUUGCAGUAGAACCUUUCUACAAUUUUUGAUACUGAAAUGCUUUGUUAGUAAUUGUCUUGUAUAUGCAUAAAGACAGAAAAAACUCAUUCUUGUCAUAUUUUUUGCAUUUUAUGUAUUUUGUUGUUGUGUAAUGUACAGUUUUGCUAUUAAAGUUAUUAAAAAUACUUAACAUAUUCAAA